AUGAUUCCCGGCAUUAUUCCCGGCAUUAUUCCCGAAUUCCCGGCAUUAUUCCCGAAUUCCCGGCAUGAUUCCCGGCAUGAUUCCCGUCAUGAUUCCCGGGUUCCCGCUCCGCCGCAGGUGCCGGCGCUGCUGGCGGCGCUGCGGGCGCGGCUGGCGCCGCUGCCGGAGCCGCAGCUGCAGCGGGCGGCGCGGGCGGCGCUGCGGGCGCUGGCGCGGAGCCUCCCGGAGAGGGUGCUGGGCUGCCUGCUGGCAUGGGGACCGCCCAGAGACAGCUGUGCCGUGCAGACGCUGAAGGCGAUUCUGGCUCGGACCGGGAACGACGACGUCGUCCGGGAUGUGGGAAACGCCGGGGGCUGGGAGCUGAUGGAAAUUCCCGAGCGGCACCACGACGGAAUCGCCCUCCUGGCCGGGGCCAUGGCUCGGCUCUGCGGGCCCCGGCUGCCGCCGAUCGUCCGGAGCCUCAUCCCGGUGCUGGGAAGCGCCUUGGAAUGCCAGAGGGUGACCAGCAGCGCCUUCCUGGCCGAGCUGCUCAGCCACAAGGUGGUGACGGACCUGGUCCUGCUGGAGCCGAUCCUGGACGCGCUGACGGCUCUGGAGAAGGAUUCCUGCCUCCUGGUCCGGGUCCUGGCGCUCCGGGGGCUCGGGAACGUGGCCUCGGGAUCCCCGGAAAAGACCCGGCGGCACGGCGCGCAGCUGCUGGCCUCCAUGCUCCACGGCAUGGACGACAAGGACGAUCCCAAGGAUCUGCUGGCGCUGGAGGCCAUGUCCGGCCUCUCCAAAAUCCUGGAUCACCUGGAGGAGCGGGACGUGCGAUCCAUGCUGCUCCACGUCGCCAUCCGCAUCCGGCCCUUCUUCGACAGCUCGUCCAUCAUCCUCUUCGGGAACCUGUCCCGCUCCGGCCGCGCCGACUCCGAGGUUUUCUCGGAGCAGAUCCUCAACGGGCUGGCGCCGCUGCUGCUGCACCUGCAGGACCCGCAGCCCGGCGUGGUCAAGGCGUGCAAGUUCGCGCUGCGGAUGUGCGGGCCCGGCCUGGGCUGCGAGCAGCUCCGGGAAAUGUUCGGGAAUCACCUGCGGGAAGAGCGGGCGCUGCACUACGGGGAGUUCACCAACGACGUCUGCAAGUUCCUGAUGCGCAGCCGCCCGGAGCUGCUGGGCCGCCUCAUCUCCACCAACCUCUUCUACUUCAGGAGCCCCUGGCAGGAGCUGCGGGCGGCGGCGGCCAUGUCCCUCGGGUUCCUGGUGCUCCACGUGGACGAGGAGCAAGGCCAGCAGCUGGACCUGGACCAGCUCAUCUCCGCCCUGCAGCUGCUGCUGAAGGAUCCGGCUCCGACCGUGCGGAUCAAGGCGGCCGAGACCAUGGGACGCCUCGUCCGCAUCCUCUGAAUCCUGGAAUUCCCAAAAUUCCUGGAAUUCCCAGCUCCGGGACCAUGGGACGCCUCGUCCGCAUCCUCUGAAUCCCGGAAUUCCCGAAAUUCCGGGAAUUCCCAGCUCCAAGACCAUGGGACGCCUCGUCCGCAUCCUCUGAAUCCCGAAAUUCCCGAAACUCCUGGAAUUCCCAGCUCCAAGACCAUGGGACGCCUCGUCCGCAUCCUCUGAAUCCCGAAAUUCCUGGAAUUCCCAGCUCUGGGACCCUGGGCCGCCUCAAUCACCUCCUCUGAAUCCCGGAAUUCCCGGAAUUCCCGGGAAUUCCCAGCUCUGGGACCCUGGGCCACCUCAAUCACCUCCUCUGAAUCCCGGAAUUCCCGGAAUUCCCGGCUCCGCUCAGCAAUACCCCGAGGGAUCCCAAUCCAUGGGAAAAGUCUUCCUGCACCUUCACCCUCGGGAACGCCGGCGCCUUCCCAGACACGGGGACAAAAAAAUCGGGAAAACGGCCGGAAUUUGGGCUGGGAUCCGACGGAGCCGCUUCCCGAGAUCCGGGAUCCAUUCCCACCCCUCCACCCCCCAUCCCCUCCGCUGCUUCCCGGUGGGAAACGGGAUCCGUUCCCGAAAUUCCCACCCGGAGCCCCCUGUACAGAGAGCUAUUUUUAAAUAAAGCUUUUGGCUCCUGA